AUUCCCGUCUACACCCAUCUAGCGAUCCAUUGUCGUCGCCCGCUUCACAGGCUUGGCGUGGCCCGCUCUCAGCCCGCUGCGCUCUGCCUCUGACGGGAUACCAGCAGCACCAGCGACUGUAAACAUGGCGGCGUGCACAGCCGGAUGCCUGUGCUGUGUGCCCCCUUCCUGAAGCCCGGAUCAUCGACAUACUUCCAUGAUGGAGACAGAGGAGGAGCAGCACAUGACCACGCUGUUAUGCAUGGGCUUCCCAGACCCGGUGGCCAUCCGGAAAGCCCUGCGCUUGGCCAAAAACGACAUCAACGAGGCUGUCGCGCUGCUCACCAACGAAAGCCCGGGACUCGGAUACGGCUACGAGCCGAUGGAAAGCGGCCCUUCCCCGGGCUCCGGCCUCAGCGGAGACGGCGAGAGCAGCGGGCGCACGGGCACCGGAGGGUUUGAUCCUCCGCCUGCGUAUCACGAUGUCGUGGAAAGUGAGAGGACUAAUGAUGAGAACGGGAACUGUUCUGGGAACAGUAUGGAGUUUCCCACCACUAAUCUGUAUGAGCUGGAGAGCCGAGUGUUCACUGAUCACUGGUCCAUCCCGUACAAGAGAGAGGAAUCACUCGGCAAGUGCCUCAUCGCCUCCACCUGCCUGGCCAGACUGGGCCUGGCUGAUGCAGAUGAGAACUGUAAGAGGUUCAUUGACCGCUGCAUGCCUGAAGCCUUCAAAAAGUUGCUGACAUCCAGUGCGGUUGAGGUGUGGGGGUGGGGGAUUGAUGUUGGUGUGUGCAUCUUGUUGAUGCUGCUGGUGGAUCUGGUCGCAGAGAGAGUCAAACAGGAUCCGAUACCCAUUGGCCUCUUGGGAGUUCUCACUAUGGCUUUUAACCCUGAUAACGAGUAUCACUUUAAGAAUCGUAUGAAGGCCAGUCAGAGGAACUGGGCAGAAGUGUUUGGAGAGGACAACAUGUUCGCUGUUUCUCCCAGCUCCAACUACCAGAAGGAACCUCAUGGCUGGCUGGUGGACUUAGUGAAUCGGUAUCAUCAGCUCCUCGGUUUCACAGCAAUUCAGUGCAAGCUCCACCAGGAAGAGAUAGAGAUUGGAUGUGUAUCAGCUCUGGUUCAGCCGCUGGGAGUGUGUGCAGAAUACCUCAACUCCAGCCUGGUGCAGCCCAUGCUGGACCCAGUCAUCCAUAAGAUGAUAACAUAUGUGCAGAACCUGGAGGAGAAAGACCUGAAAGACAAGCGUUUGGUGAGUAUUCCAGAGCUCUUGUCGGCCAUUAAGCUCCUCUGCAUGCGUUUCCAGCGGGAGCUGGUGAACGUCGUGGAUGACCUUAGGCUGGACAUCCUUCUUCGAAUGCUCAAGACGCCCCACUUCAGUGCCAAGAUGAACUCCCUCAAAGAGGUCACGAAACUCAUUGAGGAAAGCACAGUUUCCAAGACUGUGAAGAACGCCAUUGACACAGACCGACUCCUGGACUGGCUUGUAGAAAACUCAGUUCUGUCAAUAGCUUUGGAAGGAAACAUUGACCAGGCCCAGUAUUGUGACAGAAUAAAGGGAAUCAUUGAACUGUUAGGCAGUAAGCUCUCGUUGGAUGAACUCUCCAAAAUAUGGAAAAUACAGGCUGGUCAGUCCUCCACUGUGAUAGAGAACAUCCACACCAUCAUCGCCGCUGCCGCCGUCAAGUUCAACUUUGACCAGCUCAGCCAUCUCUUCGUCCUCAUACAGAAGAGCUGGGAGGUGGAGAGUGAUCGCGUGAGACAGAAGCUUCUGAGUCUGAUUGGACGGAUCGGCAGGGAGGCUCGCUCUGAGGCAACCACAGGAAAGGUGUUGGAGGUGUUAUGGGAGUUGGCGCAUCUCCCCACUCUUCCUACCACUCUAGUGCAGCAGGCCCUGGAAGAACACCUCACCAUCCUCAGCGACGCAUACGCCGUCAAAGAAACCAUCAAGAGGAACUACAUCAUCAAAUGCAUCGAGGACAUCAAGAAGAUGCAAAUACAGGAGGAUUCUCCUUCCAGCGAGACACAGGUCUCUUUUCUUACUGGCACCUGGGGCAAGAAGAAACCGAGCUCAUUGGCUAAAUCGUCUCAGCUGACUAACCCUCAGACAGUGUGGGUGGUUCCAGCCUUGCGGCAGCUUCACGAGAUUACACGGUCUUUUAUCAAACAGACCUACCAGAAACAGGACAAGAGUAUAAUCCAGGACCUGAAGAAGAACUUUGAGAUAGUGAAGCUGAUCACUGGCUCUCUGGUGUCAUGUCAUCGCUUGGCCGUGUCCGUCGCUGGAUCCAAUGGUCUAUCUGGGUCCACGCUGGUUGAUGGGCGGUACUCCUAUCAGGAGUAUUUGGAGAGUCAUUUGAAGUUCCUUGCAUUCUUCCUGCAAGAGGCCAGUCUGUACCUGGUCUGGAAUAGAGCCAAAGAGAUCUGGGAAUGCUUGGUGUCCGGCAUGGAUGUGUGCGAGCUGGAUCGAGAGAUGUGUUUCGAAUGGUUCACUAAGGGACAGCAUGAUCUAGAGAGUGACGUUCAACAGCAGCUCUUUAAAGAGAAGAUCCUCAAGCUGGAGCCUUAUGAGAUCACUAUGAACGGGUUUAACCUCUUCAAGACCUUUUUUGAGAAUGUGAACCUCAGUGACCACCGUCUCAAACGGCAGGGAACACAACUGUGUGUGGAGCGAUUGGAUCUGGCUGGGAUGGACUUCAUCUGGAGGAUCGCGAUGGAAUCUCCAGACGAGGACAUCGCUAAUGAAGCCAUACAGCUUAUCAUUACUUACAGCUACAUUAACCUCAACCCCAAAAUGAAGAAGGACUCAGUAUCUCUUCAUAAGAAAUUCAUUGCUGACUGCUAUAAGAGAUUGGAGGCUGCUAGCUCUGCGCUGGGCGGCCCAACCCUCACACAUGCUGUUACCCGGGCAACAAAGAUGCUGACAGCCACUGCUAUGCCAACGGUGGCCACAUCAGUGCAGUCUCCAUCCAGGUCCAGUAAACUAGUGAUCAUUGAGAGACUUCUGUUAUUGGCAGAGCGUUAUGUCAUCACAAUAGAGGACCUGUAUUCUGUUCCUCGAACUAUUCUACCUCAUGGAGCGUCUUUCCACGGCCAUCCUGUUACACUUCACAUCACUUACGAAUCUACCAAAGACACAUUCACCUUGGAGGCCCACAGCAACGAGACCAUAGGCAGCAUCAGAUGGAAGAUAGCCGAGCAGCUCAGCUGUCCGGUGGACAAUGUGCAGAUAUUUGCCAAUGACAGCAUGCUGACAAUGAAUCGUGACCAGAAGCUGUUGAAUCAGCUGGGUUUCUCUGAUGAGCAGAGUCUGACGGUGAAGAGCUCAGGAACAGGCACUCCAUCAGGCAGUUCAGCGGACAGCUCCGCCUCCGCCAGCUCCAGCAGCAGUGGGGUCUUUAACUCCGCGUAUGCCUUGGAGCAGGAGAAAUCUCUUCCUGGUGUGGUCAUGGCGUUGGUGUGUAAUGUCUUUGAGAUGCUUUAUCAGCUCGCCAAUUUGGAGGAACCCAGAAUAACUUUGCGUGUCAGGAAGUUGUUGCUGCUUAUCCCGACUGACCCAGAGGUGCAGGACGCUCUCGAUAACUUUGUGCCAAAAGAGUCCAGUGUCUGGAGUCACCAGAAAACUCUGUUUACACUGGGUUCUGGUUCUCAAGCCUCGAAGUCUCCAUCUCUGUCCAGUAAACAGCAGCACCAGCAGAGUGCCGCGUCCAUCCUGGAGUCUCUGUUUCGUUCAUCUGCCCCUGGCAUGUCUACAUUCAGAGUUCUCUAUAACCUGGAGGUGUUGAGCUCCAAGCUGAUGCCCACAUCUGAUGAUGAAAUGGCAAAGACCAGUGUCAAAUCUUUCUGUGAGAACUUCCUCAAAGCGGGAGGUCUCAGUCUGGUGGUUAACGUCAUGCAGAGAGACUCUAUCCCCUCUGAGGUGGACUACGAGACCAGACAAGGAGUCUACUCCAUCUGCCUGCAGCUGGCCAGGUUCCUGCUGGUAGGGCAGGCUAUGCCUAGUGUGCUCGACGAGGAGUUGAGCAAGGAAGGUCUGGACACUCUGUCCUCUCGGCCGUUCCGUAACGCCGGGCGGCAGAGCGGCCGACAGCUCUCCGUCUGUGGAACUCCAGAGAAGUCCUCCUACAGGCAGGUGUCCAUGUCUGACAGAUCCUCCAUCAGAGUGGAAGAAAUCAUGCCAGCCGCCCGUGUCGCUAUACAGACAAUGGAGGUGGGGGACUUCACAUCCACAGUGACGUGUUUCAUGAGGCUCACCUGGGCGGCAGCUGCAGGCCGACUGGACCUUGUUGGCAGCAGCCAGCCAAUCAGAGAGACGACCAACUCGCUUCUUCCUCUGGGUGUCCGCAGCAGGGUCAGCAGCACAGGAAGUAACUGCAGCUCGAGCAGUGAGGGAGAGGUCACCACAUUGCAGGCUGGGAUAUGUGUCAAACAGCUGUGUGUGUCUAUCAAAGACACUAUUAUUGCACGAGAAGCGCUCUCUUUACUCGUCACAUGCCUUCAGCUACGCUGCCAACAGCUAUCUUCAUUUUACACUCUGCCUUCUGUGAAUGAUUUCAUCAUCGAUAUUCUGCUGGGGUCGUCCAGUGGAGAGAUCCGACGCGUGGCGUGUGAUCAGCUGUACACUCUCAGUCAGUCGGACACCUCUGCGUACCCUGACCUCCAGAAGCCCAACCUCUUCCUGCUGAAGGUGGUUCUGACAGCCCAACUUCCUCUCUGGUCCCCUACCAGCAUCAUGAGGGGUGUUAACCAAAGGAUGCUUUCACAAUGCACCGAGUAUUUUGACCUGCGUUGCCAACUACUGGAUGACCUGACCACAUCAGAAAUGGAGCAGCUUCAGAUCGGUCCUGCGGCUAUGCUGGAGGACGAGAUCAGCUGGCUUGAUAAUUUCGAGCCCACUUGGACCAACGAGCUGGAGACAAGCGAGGCUGACAACAUCCUGCUGGCCGGACACCUGCGCCUCAUUAAAACCCUGCUGUCCCUCUGCGGCAGUGAGAAAGAGCAGUUCGGUCCUUCUCUGAUCCAGCAGCUGUUGGACGACUUCCUGUUCAGAGCGUCUCGUAUCAUCCUGAACAGUGACAGCUCAUCUAGCACUACAGCAUCUAUCCACGACUUUCACCCAAAGUGCAGCACGGUCGGCAGUCGUCUGGCGGCGUACGAGGUGCUGGUCAUGUUGGCCGACAGCUCUCUUACUGAUCUGCAGCUCAUCACUAAAGAACUGCUGUCCAUGCACCACCAGUCUGACCCGUCUCUCACCAAAGAGUUUGAUUAUCUUCCUCCUGUAGACAGUCGCUCUGUGUCUGGGUUUGUUGGACUGAAGAACGGAGGUGCGACCUGUUAUAUGAAUGCAGUGUUCCAGCAGCUCUACAUGCAGCCUGGUUUGCCUGAGGCUGUCUUGUCAAUUGAAGAUGACAUUGAAAACCCAGAGGAGAGUGUGUUCUGUCAGGUACAGUCUCUGUUUGGUCACCUGAUGGAGAGCAAACUACAGUACUACAUACCUGAAAACUUCUGGAAGAUAUUUAAGAUGUGGAAUAAAGAAUUAUACGUGCGAGAACAGCAGGAUGCUUAUGAGUUCUUCACCAGUCUGGUGGAUCAGCUUGAUGAACAUCUAAAGAAAAUCGGUCGAGAGCAGAUCUUCAAGAACACAUUCCAGGGCAUUUUCUCUGAUCAGAAGAUAUGCAAAGACUGCCCACACAGGUAUGAGCGUGAGGAGACGUUCAUGGCUCUGAACUUGGGGGUGACGUCCUGUCAGAGUCUGGAGAUCUCUCUCGAUCAGUUUGUCAGAGGAGAAGUCCUGGAUGGCAGCAAUGCUUAUUACUGCGAGAAAUGUAAAGAGAAGCGGACCACUGUGAAGCGGACCUGUAUAAAGUCUCUGCCCAGCGUGCUGGUCAUCCACCUCAUGCGAUUUGGCUUUGACUGGGAAAGUGGCCGGUCCAUCAAAUACGAUGAGCAGAUCAGAUUCCCCUGGGUGCUGAACAUGGAGCCGUACACGGUGUCAGGAAUGGCCCGUCAGGAUUCAAGUGCUGAUCAUGGAGAGAACGGGAGAGGGGGCGAGGCUGGAUCAGGGGGAUCACCUCGGAAGAAGGUCACCAUCUCUGAGAACUAUGAACUGGUGGGAGUGGUGGUCCACAGCGGACAGGCCCACGCAGGACACUAUUACUCAUUCAUCAAAGACCGCCGGGGUAGUUCACGAGGACGCUGGUAUAAGUUUAAUGACAAUGUCGUGGAAGAGUUUGACAUGAACGAUGAGACUCUGGAGUAUGAGUGUUUCGGAGGAGAGUACAGACCCAAAGUUUAUGACCAAUCUAACCCCUACCCAGAUGUGCGGCGGCGCUACUGGAACGCCUAUAUGCUGUUCUACCAGCGCAUCAGUGACCAGAACUCCCCCGUUCUGCCCAAAAAGAGUCGAGUCAGCAUCAUGAGACAGGAGGCAGAGGAUCUCUCACUGUCAGCCCCGUCAUCUCCGGAGAUCUCACCGCAGUCCUCCCCACGGCCACCCAGGGCCAACAAUGACCGCCUCACCCUGCUCACACGCUUGGUCAAGAAAGGAGAGAAGAAGGGUCUGUUUGUGGAAAAGAUGCCUGCUAGGAUCUAUCAGAUGGUGAGAGAUGAAAAUCUGAAGUUCAUGAAGAACAGGGACGUUUACAACAGUGAUUACUUCAACUUCACACUGUCUCUGGCUUCUGUCAACGCGACAAAGUUAAAGCAUCCAUCAUAUCAGGCCAUGGCUAAAACCAGCCUGCAGCUGGCUGUCCUGUUCCUCUUCCACACGUACCUGCGUACCAAAAAGAAACUCAGGGUGGACACAGAGGAGUGGAUCGCUACCGUGGAGGUUUUGUUGUCCAAGAGUAGCGAGGCGUGUCAAUGGAUGGUCCAGUACCUGGUGGCACCUGAAGGGCGGGAGAUCAUCAAGAUCUGUCUGUUGGAAUGCAGUGUGCGGGAGGUCCGUAUCGUGGUGGCCACCAUCCUGGAGAAGACACUGGAGAGCGCUUUGUACUUCCAGGAUGCUGGGUUGGACUGUCUUUUGGACAUGCUGCUCUCUUUAUUGGAUAAGGACAUCCCGGAUAACUGCAAGAACUGCUCUCAGUACUUCAGCCUCUUCAGUAACUUUGCUCAGAAGGGCUGUGGGCCGUGUCAGCUGCUGCUAAAACAUUCUGCUUAUCGUCGGAUGCUCGUCUUCCUUCUGGGACCCAACCGGCAAAACAACCAGCACCGGCGCUGGAGUUCGGCACAGGCUCGAGAGUUCCUGCAUCUUCACAACACUCUGGCCCUGAUCGUGCUGCAAACAGACCUCACGUCUCAGAGGAUGGAGGCUCAAGGAGUGUUCAAGCAUGCUUCCUCAGGACUGGUGGCUCCAUCUUCACCCCUCCUGCCUCUACAUCCAGACAUCAACACACUGCUCUUCAAAGCUGAAGGCCAGGGGUAUCUCAUGGAGGUGAUGUUUGCCAUGCGCGAAUUGUCCGGCCCAUUGUCGUUUCUCAUAGAGAUGAUCACAUAUUGCUCAUUCUGUAAUGAACCUUUCUCACUGGGAGUCCUACACUUACUCAAGAACCAUCUGGAAACGGCUCCUCCUCACGAACUGAAGAACGUUUUUCAGAUGCUCCUAGAGAUCCUGAUGAUAGAGGACCCUCUGCAGUCUCAGAGGCUCAAAUAUGCAUUUGAAUCUGAAAAGGGCCUUUUGGCUUUGAUGCAUCAGAGCAACAACGUGGACAGCAGUCGCUGCUAUCAGUGUGUGAAGUUCCUGGUCACGCUGGCACAGAAAUGUUCUCCAGCUAAGGACUAUUUUAAAGAGCUCUCAGGACAUUGGAGUUGGGCAGUGCAGUGGCUUCAGAAGAAGAUGUCUGAGCACUACUGGACACCUCAGAGUAAUGUAUCGAAUGAGACGUCCACAGCUAAAACCUUCCAGCGCACCAUCUCAGCACAGGACACUUUAGCUUAUGCCACAGCUUUACUGAACGAGAAGGAGCAGUCCGGCAGCAGUAAUGGAUCAGAUGGCAGCCCAGCCAAUGAGAACUCAGACAGAAGCCUCAGACAGGGAUCUGAAUCCCCCAUGAUGUUGGGCGAUUCUCGAAGUGAUCUAGAAGAUGUGGAUCCAUAACGCUUCUCAUUGUUUUUACACAACAAAACAACACAGAAAAAGUUUCCUCCGACAGAGAGAUGUUGUGGCUCUAAACAGACAAUCAGAAAACUGCAUUUGAUCUUCUAGAGACUGGAAAUGGAGGGACCAGUAGCAGCCAAAGGGCCGGUCAGAGCGUUCACUCUUCGGUCCGCCUCGCCCGAAAAGUGAACAGAGGCGAAUAUGUUUUUUUUUUUUUUUUUUUUUUUUUUUUUCUGUUGGUUAAAACUUGGCUGGAUUAAAUUAGAGUUCAGGUCUUGCAAGUUAUUUCGAUGUUUCGUCUGGCUUGAUGAGUUCUGUCAGACCAGUUGGACUUAAUAAAAACGAAGGCGUUCGUUUCCUUGGCGUUUUUAUGCCGAACUACUACUAUGGUGCCAGACCGGGUGUUUUAAAAGCAGUCAGCGUAUAUUUGCCAAUGUAAGUAGAUAAUAUUCAUGAGAAAUGUAAAGAUGUGUUCCAUAAGUGUAAUUUCAAAUGUAAAAUAAUAUUUUUAAGAAUCCUUUACUGAUUUUCUUUAUUUUUUGUGGAUCUGUUUGAGAGGUGCCUCAAAUUUAUUCGAAAAAAAGAAGAACUUGCCAAGUCUCUGAGAGUCAAAUAAUCACAACGUUUUUCCUUUUUCUUGCUGGUAUUUUUUUAAAGCACUUUAUAUUUGAAUUCAGUUUGUGAGAAAUUCAUCACGUGGAGACAAUAACGGACGUCCCUCGCUGCUCUCUGUCCAUUGAGGUUCUUGGAUAGGAACAGCAUGCAGCAAAAGAGACAAGCUGUUUACGCAAGUGCUAGACAGAAAUAUGAUGUUGGACAUUGAGGAUGGACCUUACGGCGGAAGACACAUUGCAUCAGCAGAUGCGUCCGGAGACACAUAUGCAACACACAGAGACGCUACUGUCCAACGAGCUUUUCUUCUUCCUGAAAGACAAUGAGUGCCACAAUCAGCAGAGUUUGUCAUUGAAAAACUGUCUCAUUUCUUUCUGUACAUCUGUUUUGAUGUUGUCUCGUGCUGCUUUGGUAUUAAGAUCUGUGGACAUGAAGACACUUUUCAGGGUUUAUUUUGCCAAAUUUGUCCUUUUUUUGUUUGUUUAUCUGCAUCUUUUCCGCUCAGUCUGCCUUACGCAAUGCAAAUCGGAUGACAAGGCGAGGAUGGGGUGUGAAGGGGGUGAAGGGGGAGGGGAAAGAGAAAGACGGAGGUUGUUGGAGGGACAGGAAAGUUCUCACACAGUAGUACAGUGCCUUUACUCGACUCCUCCCCUACGCCGCUCGCGUCCUCGCCUUGAGACAAACCAGUGGACACAUCGUGCUACACAAAUGCCUGAACCCACUCGACAUUACAAUAACAACGCACACACGAAUACUCAGAUGGCUCGGCCGCGCUCAACUCAGAGUGCCAUAUGAGGACACAGGCGGUGUCUCAUGCGUCACGAUCACUUGUUUGAGCCGAGCCUGUGAUGUCCUGCUUUCAAGGAGUCUGCAGGGUGAUUCAGCUGCCGCUUGCUGCUCAUUUUGUAUUUAGACUAGAACACUUAGUGACAUUGCUUAAAUGUUUACAGCGGAAGGACCUCAAUGCCACCUCACACAAACAUUAGUGCUGCUUUUUACCUCAGUCCCUUGCUCUUUGCAACUUUCACACGCUUCUGUGCAUGUUUGUACGUGUGAGAGACUUUAUUGCUGGAAAAGAACUGCAUAAACUGGCUGUAACCACUGAGAGAAGCUGGUUUAUAGAACAAAUCUUAAACCAUUCUAAGUGGAUUUGCUGGUGUAUGCUGGUGUCUCAGCCCGGCUACAUUGUGUUUAGGUGGUUUAGUGUCCAAAAACAUUUAAUACCAGCCAACAGACCAGCCUGAUCAGAAAAGCAAGCCAGCUUAGACUGGUUUAAGAUAAUGGAGUCAGCUGGUUUUUGGAGAGUUUUGGGCACGUAAACUCUAGACUAUCAGACCAUCUUAAAUUGGUUCAACGUGGCCAACCUGGUUUGCUGAUAUAGUACCUUGAGGCAACUAAACUCAAGACUGGUCAGCCCAAAGGCCUGGUUAAAACCAGAAAUCCUGUUAAGGCUGGUGACUUUUUGUCUCUUUCUCUUAGUUUUGGCCUCUAAUAGUCAGCAAAACACUGCAGUACUCACAACUGCCUUCAUGCUUUGAAUCAGUAAAUGGUUCACUGCUAAUUCACUGCAGCAGAUGUGGUAAGUGUUUGGGACGAUUAGUUAGACAGGUUUUAGGAUAACUGGAGGAUUAUUUUGAAAUGUUUCAAGGCACAUGGUUCAGUUACAAUAGAGGAGAGAAUUCAUCAAUUCAUUCAGUGACUAAACAUAAGGCAUCUUUAUUAUUUUGCUGAAAUGUGCACAUUUGCAAAGAUAUCACACUAAUUUCAGCUUAACUGCCUACUUAGGUUUUCACUAAAGGAGCCUGUAAGAUAUGGUGGGGUUACGGUUUAUAACCAGUGCUGUAGUCUUCUUUAAAAAUAUGGUGUACUUGAGUGAACAGGGUGUGUUAAAUCUAUCCACAAAUCUGAUCCUCCUCCCUGCAAUCCAUAUUUUUUCACCUUUCCUACACCUGUAGAUGCUGUACCAACCGCUCGGUAGAUCUGUGAUUUUUAAGUUGGGUGUCAGGACAGGGUUAAAGAUGCUUAAAGAGUUUUUAAUAACUGGUGAUUCUUUGAUUCUUUUCUGCUGCGAGUGUGUAUGAUGUGUAAAGGAAUCUGUUAAUGCAUGUUAAAACCACAUUUUAAUUUGUACAUCAGAGUUUGACAAUGAAAACAUUUGAUAUAAAAAGGAAAAACUGGAAUGCA